AUGUGGGAUACAACACGAUUUGCUUAUCAUGUUCCAACUUUAUCUUUUUCUUUUGAACAUGAUAUUCGAACUCGAUUACAAAGUCUUCAUCUUCGUGCUCGAUCAACUUUUAUUUCACUUCAAAGUAUGCAACGUUAUCAUUUGACUUUCAAAGACGUGCCACCAAUAUUGAUUGAACCAUUUAUAUUACGUGGUUAUCGAUCGACUCAUCAACCAUGGUCUUACUAUUGGAAAUCAUUAUUUCAUAAACAUAAUGAAACAAUCAACGUUUGGAGUCAUUUAAUAGGCAUAUUAUACAUGAUACAUUUAUUAUAUUAUUAUAAUCAACGAUUGCAAUUUUUUGAAAAUGCUCAUUCGUGGCCAUUUGUUGUAUCAUUGUGUACGGCAAUCAUUAUGUUUAUGAGUUCAGCAUUUGCACAUUUAUUGCAUUCAAAAUCUGAAAAAAUUCAUAAAACUUGCUUUGCAAUUGAUUAUGUUGGAGUUAGUUUACAUGGAUUUGGCUCAGGAUUUCUUCAUAUCUAUUAUUCAGCACCACAAUGGUAUUAUGAUAAAAUUGAAUAUCAAUACAUAUUUAUUCUGCUUUUACUUGGUAUUCUGGCUUGUUUUUUAAAUUGUUUUGCUCAAUACCAUUUUCAUCCACCUUAUCCCCCAUUAAAACGUAUUUGUCAAUUUCUGCCAUGUGGAAUUUUAUGGAUUUAUUCAGUUAUACCAUUAGUUAUCAGUUUAUUUCCAUUGAUUUUUCCAUUAAAUUCAAGUUCAUUAUGUCAUUUAGGACAAAUAAUAUUAUUUAUUGUUGGUGCAACAUUUUUUGCUUUUGAUAUACCUCAACGUUUUUGGCCUGGUGCUUUGGAUUUCAUUGGUCAAGGUCAUCAUUUAUUUCAUUUAUGUAUUUAUUUUGUAACUCUAUGUCAAAUGCAUGGUGUCUAUUGGGAUUAUGAAACUCAUCAAAAAAUAAUUGACCAAAGAAGUAAACCAGAUUUAAUAUUUUGCGCUGGUUCCAUGAUAUCUCUUAUUUUAUGGGACAUUGUUAUUGUUUGGUAUUUUCGACGACGUCUAGGUGACAAAGAUCAUGGUCAUUAA